GGACAAGUUUGCCCACCUGGAUGGGUUGAUGGUCCUAUGGGCAAGAAGUGCUACCUUUUUGCUGAUAACAACCAAAGAAAUUGGUCUGAAGCUAAACAUGCAUGUAAUUCUAUGCGGGCACAGUUGUUGUCAAUUGAGAACUCUCUUGAAAUGAGAUGGAUUAAACAAGAACUGACGAGAGUUAAAGCAAAGACAACUGGUACUCCAAAAUGGUGGACCAGUCUACAAAAGAAAGGAACUGUUUGGAACUGGGGCAGUAACAUUGCAUUAAAUGACACUGUUGUUCGCUGGGGUUUAGGUGAACCCAAUAUUCAUCAUCAUUGUGCAGAAAUCUGUUGUCCACAUUUCUUAAAUGAUAUCAAUUGUGAAAAAAGGAUCAAUUAUAUUUGUGAACUUGAUAAAGAGAUAUUUCCAUUGACUUGUGAUGCAGAUAAUGGAUGGGAGUACCACCAGGGAUCAUGUUAUAAAUUUGUCAAAAAAUUCAAGACGUGGAAUGAAUCCGCAUCAGACUGUAAAGAUUUAGACUCUAACCUGGCCGCUGUUCCAGAUAUUGGUUCCCUUCAUGCAGUUUCUACAAUAGCUAGCUUUCAACACUUCGAUUCCUGGGUAGGAUUUUUAAGGAAAAACAAGACAUUCUUCUUUACAAAUUCCUCGGAAGCUAUUGGAAUUGAUAGAUAUAUGCAGCCAAGUAAAACAACCGAGUAA